AGCUCGGGGCGGUGUCCCGCGCCGGCGGCUUCGGGCGGAGUUUGGCGAGCUGCGACGCGGUGUAGUCAGACGGCAGUGGUCCUGGGAGGAGACAGCUCGGGUCCGAGCUUCUCUCUGCUCCUUCGCCGCAUCCACCGCCGCGCCCCGGCCUCCCGCCAAUCCUCGAUGCAGAGUUGGGCGGCCGCGUGAUGGGGUUGCGGAGCGGCGCCCUGCGGCUCCCGGCGGCCGCUGCUCGCGCUGAGGUGCGUCGGUGCCCGGCCUCCCGCGCCCCUGCGCGCCGCGGCGUCUUCUGACUCGGCCGGCUCGCCCGUCGGUCCGCAGCGCGGCUGAGGAACUUUGAACAUAACUUCAAAAGAAGAUUUGAUCUUUAUUUCUGGAUUGCAUCUAUAAGGCCACCAGAAUGUCGGGAGCCUCAGUGAAGGUAGCUGUUCGAGUGAGGCCCUUCAAUUCUCGAGAGACCAGCAAGGAGUCCAAGUGCAUCAUUCAGAUGCAAGGCAACUCGACCAGUAUUAUUAACCCAAAGAACCCAAAGGAAGCACCAAAGUCCUUCAGCUUCGACUACUCUUACUGGUCUCACACCUCGCCUGAAGAUCCCUGUUUUGCAUCGCAGAAUCGUGUGUACAAUGACAUUGGGAAGGAAAUGCUCUUACACGCCUUUGAAGGGUAUAAUGUUUGCAUUUUUGCCUAUGGGCAGACUGGUGCUGGGAAAUCCUACACGAUGAUGGGGAAGCAAGAGGAGAGCCAAGCUGGCAUCAUUCCACAGUUGUGUGAAGAACUCUUUGAGAAGAUCAAUGACAACUGUAAUGAAGAAAUGUCUUACUCUGUAGAGGUGAGCUACAUGGAAAUUUACUGUGAGAGAGUACGAGAUUUGCUGAAUCCCAAAAACAAGGGUAAUUUGCGUGUGCGUGAACACCCGCUUCUUGGACCCUAUGUGGAGGAUCUGUCCAAGCUGGCGGUCACUUCCUACACUGACAUUGCUGACCUCAUGGACGCUGGGAACAAAGCCAGGACAGUGGCAGCUACCAACAUGAAUGAAACAAGUAGCCGUUCCCACGCUGUGUUUACCAUCGUUUUCACUCAGAAGAAACACGAUACUGAGACAAACCUUUCCACUGAGAAGGUCAGUAAAAUCAGCUUGGUGGAUCUAGCAGGAAGUGAACGAGCUGAUUCAACUGGUGCCAAAGGAACUCGAUUAAAGGAAGGUGCAAAUAUUAAUAAGUCUCUUACAACUUUGGGCAAAGUCAUUUCGGCCUUGGCAGAGGUGAGUAAAAAGAAGAAGAAAACUGAUUUUAUUCCCUACAGGGAUUCUGUUCUUACUUGGCUCCUUCGAGAAAAUCUAGGUGGUAACUCCCGAACUGCAAUGGUUGCUGCUCUGAGCCCAGCAGACAUCAACUAUGAUGAAACUUUGAGCACUCUGAGGUAUGCAGACCGUGCAAAACAAAUUAAAUGCAAUGCUGUUAUCAAUGAGGACCCUAAUGCCAAGCUAGUUCGGGAGUUGAAGGAGGAAGUGACCCGAUUGAAGGACCUUCUUCGUGCUCAGGGGCUGGGAGAUAUUAUUGAUAAUCUGAAAGAUUUUCAGAACAAUAAACAUAGGUACUUGCUAGCCUCUGAGAAUCAACGCCCUGGCAAUUUUUCCACAGCAUCCAUGGGGUCCCUUACUUCAUCUCCAUCUUCAUGCUCACUUAGUAGUCAGGUGGGCUUCACAUCUGUGACCAGUAUUCAAGAGCGGAUCAUGUCUACACCUGGAGGGGAGGAAGCCAUUGAACGUCUGAAGGAAUCAGAGAAGAUCAUUGCUGAGUUGAAUGAAACCUGGGAAGAGAAACUUCGUAAAACAGAGGCCAUCAGAAUGGAAAGAGAAGCUUUGUUGGCUGAGAUGGGAGUUGCCAUACGGGAGGAUGGAGGAACACUUGGUGUUUUCUCACCUAAAAAGACUCCACAUCUUGUUAACCUCAAUGAAGACCCACUAAUGUCGGAGUGUCUGCUUUAUUAUAUCAAAGAUGGGAUUACAAGGGUUGGCCAAGCAGAUGCUGAGCGGCGCCAGGACAUAGUGCUGAGUGGGGCUCACAUUAAAGAAGAGCAUUGUAUCUUUCGGAGUGAGAGAAACAACUCUGGGGAAGUUAUCGUGACUCUAGAGCCUUGUGAGCGCUCAGAGACCUAUGUGAAUGGCAAGAGGGUGGCCCAGCCUGUCCAGCUGCGCUCAGGGAACCGUAUUAUCAUGGGUAAAAACCACGUUUUUCGUUUCAAUCACCCUGAACAAGCACGAGCUGAGCGGGAGAAGACUCCCUCUGCUGAGACCCCCUCUGAGCCUGUGGACUGGACAUUUGCACAGAGAGAGCUUCUCGAAAAACAAGGAAUUGAUAUGAAACAGGAGAUGGAAAAAAGGCUACAGGAAAUGGAGAUCCUAUACAAAAAGGAGAAGGAGGAAGCUGAUCUUCUUCUGGAGCAGCAGAGACUGGACUACGAGAGUAAAUUGCAGGCCUUGCAGAAGCAGGUUGAGACUCGUUCUCUGGCUGCAGAAACAACUGAAGAGGAAGAGGAAGAGGAGGAAGUUCCUUGGACACAGCAUGAGUUUGAGUUGGCCCAGUGGGCCUUCCGGAAAUGGAAGUCUCACCAGUUUACCUCAUUAAGGGACUUACUCUGGGGCAAUGCAGUAUACCUGAAGGAGGCCAAUGCCAUCAGUGUGGAGCUGAAGAAGAAGGUACAGUUUCAGUUUGUCCUGCUGACUGACACGCUCUACUCCCCUUUGCCUCCUGAAUUACUUCCCACGGAGAUGGAAAAAACUCAUGAGGACAGACCUUUCCCUCGUACAGUGGUGGCAGUGGAAGUCCAGGAUCUGAAGAAUGGAGCAACACAUUAUUGGUCUUUGGACAAACUCAAGCAGAGACUGGAUUUAAUGCGGGAGAUGUAUGACAGGGCAGGUGAAAUGGCCUCCAGUGCCCAAGACGAAAGCGAAACAACCAUGACUGGCAGUGAUCCAUUCUACGAUCGGUUCCACUGGUUCAAACUUGUGGGAAGCUCCCCCAUUUUCCACGGCUGUGUGAAUGAGCGCCUUGCCGACCGCACACCCUCCCCCACUUUUUCCACGGCCGAUUCCGACAUCACUGAACUGGCUGACGAACAGCAGGAUGACAUGGAGGAUUUUGAUGAUGAGGCAUUCGUGGAUGACACCGGCUCUGACGCAGGGACGGAAGAGGGAUCAGAUCUCUUCAGUGAUGGGCAUGACCCAUUUUACGACCGAUCCCCUUGGUUCAUUUUAGUAGGAAGGGCAUUUGUGUACUUGAGCAACCUGCUGUAUCCUGUGCCCCUGAUUCACAGGGUGGCCGUCGUCAGUGAGAAGGGGGAAGUGCGGGGAUUCCUGCGUGUGGCUGUGCAGGCCAUUGCAGCGGAUGAAGAAGCUCCUGAUUAUGGCUCUGGAAUUCGACAGUCAGGAACAGCUAAAAUAUCUUUUGAUAACGAGUACUUCAAUCAGAGUGACUUUUCUUCAGUUGCAAUGACUCGUUCUGGUCUGUCUUUGGAGGAGCUGAGGAUUGUGGAGGGACAGGGCCAGAGUUCUGAAGUUAUCACUCCUCCAGAAGAAGUCAAUCGAAUGAAUGACUUGGAUCUGAAGUCGGGCACGUUGCUGGAUGGGAAGAUGGUGAUGGAGGGAUUUUCCGAAGAGAUUGGCAACCACCUGAAACUGGGCAGCGCCUUCACUUUCCGAGUCACUGUGCUCCAGGCCAGUGGGAUCCUUCCAGAGUAUGCAGACAUCUUUUGUCAGUUCAACUUUUUGCAUCGUCAUGAUGAAGCAUUCUCCACUGAACCCCUCAAAAACAAUGGAAGAGGAAGUCCCCUGGGCUUUUAUCAUGUACAGAAUAUUGCAGUGGAGGUCACUGAGUCAUUUGUGGACUACAUCAGAACUAAGCCCAUCGUAUUUGAGGUCUUUGGGCAUUACCAGCAGCACCCACUCCAUCUGCAAGGACAAGAUCUUAACAGUCCACCUCAGCCUUCUCGGAGAUUCUUCCCACCACCCAUGCCACUCUCCAAACCAGUUCCAGCCACCAAGUUAAACACCAUGAACAAAACCAGCCUUGGGCAGAGCAUGAGCAAGUAUGACCUUCUGGUUUGGUUUGAGAUCAGUGAACUGGAGCCUACAGGAGAGUAUAUUCCAGCCGUGGUUGACCAUACAGCAGGCUUACCCUGCCAGGGGACAUUUUUGCUGCACCAGGGCAUCCAGCGACGGAUCACAGUGACUAUUAUCCACGAGAAGGGCAGUGAGCUCCACUGGAAAGACGUUCGUGAACUGGUGGUAGGUCGGAUUAGGAAUAAACCUGAGGUAGAUGAAGCUGCUGUUGAUGCUAUCCUUUCCCUAAACAUCAUCUCUGCUAAGUCCCUGAAGUCUUCCCACAACUCCAGCAGGACCUUCUACCGUUUUGAGGCUGUAUGGGACAGCUCCCUACAUAACUCCCUUCUUCUGAACCGAGUGACACCCUAUGGAGAAAAGAUCUACAUGACCUUAUCUGCUUAUCUGGAGUUGGAUCAUUGCAUCCAGCCAGCUGUCAUCACCAAGGAUGUGUGCAUGGUCUUCUAUUCUCGAGAUGCCAAGAUCUCACCACCACGUUCUCUGCGAAGCCUCUUUGGUAGUGGUUACUCAAAGUCACCAGACUCCAACCGAGUUACUGGAAUUUAUGAACUGAGCUUAUGCAAAAUGGCAGAUACUGGUAGUCCAGGCAUGCAGAGGCGGAGGAGAAAAGUCUUGGAUACCUCUGUGGCAUAUGUGCGGGGAGAAGAGAACCUAGCAGGCUGGCGACCUCGUGGAGACAGCCUCAUCCUGGAGCACCAGUGGGAGCUGGAGAAGCUGGAGCUGCUGCACGAGGUGGAAAAAACACGCCACUUCUUGCUGCUUCGGGAGAGACUUGGUGACAGCAUACCCAAGUCUCUGAGUGACUCAUUGUCCCCCAGCCUCAGCAGUGGGACUCUUAGUACCUCGACCAGUAUGUCUUCUCAGAUCUCAACCACCACCUUUGAAAGUGCCAUCACACCGAGUGAGAGCAGUGGUUAUGACUCAGCAGACAUCGAGAGCCUGGUGGACCGAGAAAAAGAACUGGCUACAAAGUGCCUGCAGCUUCUCACCCACACUUUCAACCGGGAAUUCAGCCAGGUACAUGGCAGCAUUAGUGACUGUAAGCUGUCUGAUAUCUCUCCAAUUGGACGAGAUCCCUCUGUGUCCAGUUUUAGCAGUUCUACCCUCACCCCCUCCUCCACAUGCCCCUCUCUGGUGGACUCAAGGAGCAACUCAAUAGAUCAGAAGACCCCAGAAGCCAAUUCUCGUGCCUCUAGUCCCUGCCAAGAAUUUGAACAGUUUCAGAUCGUCCCAACUGUGGAGACACCCUAUUUGGCCCGAGCAGGAAAAAAUGAAUUUCUCAAUCUUGUUCCAGACAUUGAAGAAGUUAGAGCAGGGUCAGUGGUAUCUAAGAAGGGAUACCUGCAUUUCAAGGAGCCACUUUCCAGCAACUGGGCUAAACAUUUCGUUGUGGUUCGUCGUCCUUAUGUCUUCAUCUAUAACAGUGACAAAGACCCAGUAGAACGUGGCAUCAUUAACUUGUCUACAGCACAGGUGGAGUACAGUGAGGACCAGCAGGCCAUGGUGAAGACACCUAAUACCUUUGCUGUAUGCACAAAGCACCGUGGGGUCCUUUUGCAAGCGCUCAAUGACAAAGACAUGAACGACUGGUUAUAUGCCUUUAACCCACUUCUGGCUGGCACAAUAAGGUCAAAACUCUCUCGCAGAUGCCCGAGCCAGCUGAAAUACUAAGCAAUUCUGCUGAGCCUUGCUCGCCUUGGACAGAUAAAGAAAGUGUUACCUCUCA